GAAGAAGAAGCGCGCGUGUUUAGCGGUUCGGGGCUUGGUGUGUGUUUGUGAUCACAGAGGUCCUAGUUGUUUGGUUAGUUGGUUAGUUAGUUAGUCGGUUAGUUAGCUGUGAGUGAUGGCGGCUAGCAGCGCGGCUCCGCAGCACGUCGGUGAUGUUGAAGAAGACGCGUCUCAGCUUCUCUUCCCCAAAGAGUUUGAAAACCCGGAGACGCUGUUGAACUCUGAGGUCCACAUGCUGCUGGAGCACCGCAAGCAGCAGAACGAGAGCGCUGAGGACGAGCAGGAGCUGUCCGAGGUCUUCAUGAAGACACUGAACUACACGGCCCGCUUCAGCCGCUUCAAGAACAGAGAGACCAUCACCGCCGUGCGCAGGUCAGCAGCCAGUCACAGCACGGGACACAAAACAUACCUCACAAAUGCACAGUUCUCCCCGGACAUCUUCAGUAUAGCAGCUCUGUUGGCAGUUGUGACUCGAGGCCGGGCAGGAGGUCCUCCUCCGGAGGCUGAAGCUCUGGCAUGA